UGGGUGGGGUAACUUGAAAGCGCUUCCGGCGACUAGCGGCAUUUGAGUUGCAGGUGAGCGGCGGGUUCCCGUCCGUGUCCAGCCGACGGGCGACUGGAUGCCCUCGCCCACCGCGGCUGUCCGGGGCCUGCCUUGCCUGAGCUCAAAAUGAACUAUAUGCCCGGCACCGCCAGCCUCAUCGAGGACAUCGACAAAAAGCACUUGGUGCUGCUCCGAGAUGGAAGGACACUUAUAGGUUUUCUAAGAAGCAUUGAUCAGUUUGCUAACUUAGUGCUGCAUCAAACUGUGGAACGCAUUCAUGUGGGCAAAAAGUACGGUGAUAUUCCUCGAGGGAUUUUUGUGGUCAGAGGAGAGAAUGUGGUCCUCCUAGGAGAAAUAGACUUGGAAAAGGAGAGCGACACGCCCCUCCAGCAAGUAUCUAUUGAGGAGAUCCUAGAAGAACAGAGGGUAGAACAGCAGACCAGACUGGAGGCAGAGAAGCUGAAGGUCCAGGCCCUUAAAGAUCGAGGCCUCUCCAUUCCUCGGGCAGAUACUCUGGAUGAGUACUGAGUCCCCGCUCUAGAAAGCAAGGCCUGUCACCUGGUCACAUCACACAUUUGACCAAAGACUGUCAGAAGUGAAAGGUGAUCUUACUCUUUCACAUAUGCCAACAUGAAGAAAUCAUGUGAUUUGUUUUUUUAACAAAAGCACUGUAUAUUUUGAUUUGCUUUUCUGUGUCAAACAGUCUCAUAUAGCCCUGGCUGACCUAGAACUCACUACGUAGACCAGGCUGACCUCUGACUUGUGGGAUUACAGGUGGCUUCACCGUGUCCAGCUUUAUUGUUUAAAGAAAAGGGGCGUGACCCACCCCCACACAAGUCACCAUGGAGCCAAGAAUCACGUCUGUAUAUUGCUUUUCUUAGCUCAGAGUUUACAUUUCUUUUCAAAAGAUAUUUCCUCAUUUAUUUGUAAAUAAAGAAUGAAUCCCGUAAUGUCA